AGGACCAGGAUGUGGCAACAAAGUCAUUGGCAGCUCUAGAAGCUGCUGCACCAAUCCAGCCUAUACCGGUGGUUCAAAAAGAGACCCUGAUGUAUCCCAGGGGUCUCCUGCCUCUGCCUUCUAAGAAGCCUUGUAUGCAGAGCCCUCCAUCUCCUUUGGGGCUAAUUGAAGCACCUGAGCAUGCUGCUAAUAGUGCUUCUGUGAAUGCCAUCUCCCUUACAUCUGGUGUUGCAAAAAGCCUGCAUACAUGGUCACUGCCCAAUGAGUGUGAGAAAGCUCCAUUUGCCAUAAUGGAGCCUGCAGGCAUGUCAGCUCUGAAUGGGGACUGCCUCAUGCAGCCAAGCCGGACUUGUUUGGGCUGCUUCAUGGAAUCCAAGGAUGCAGUAGAUCCUGAGCCAGGGAUCAGUCUGAAAGUUGGUGAUCUAAAUAAGGAUUAUGAAACCUGUGCAGUUUCUGAUAUAGGGAUUCAGUGUAUUAAUGCUGGAGAAAACAUGAAAUACGGAGAGCAGUUGCUCUCAGACCAGCUCCUAGGUUUUCCUCUGCACAAAUCAAGGGCGGGAGAAAAACGGGAAGCUGAGAAAUCUGACAUCGACUUGGAGGAUCCAGCUCAGAAAAGUUAUUAUGAGGCAUUACUGUUAGACAAGUGUAAUACGGAAGAGGCUUUGCUGGCAAAUUCCAAUCAGGAUUGGGGUUACUUUGAGACUUUCAUUAGUGAGAGUAAGAUUGAACUACUUGACCUCUGUUCCAAAAAUGAGCUGUCUGUCAACUUAUUCUCUGAAGAAGAUGUGGAUAACUACAUGUUUGAUGAUGAUGAGUCAACAUUGGGCAGUGAUGUCUGUUCCUUGAAAAUUCGAUAUGAGUCCUUCCAAGACAAUGUUCGAGACAAGACCACCCUUCUAAUGCAGGAGGAUGCCCAAUUCAACUUUUUCCCCAGUGUCUUUACUACCUGCCCCAAGCGGGAGUCUAAGAGUGGGGUCCUGAAGCAGAACAGCGAUCUUUCCCAGUUUAAGGUCCCUGAUGUGAAUAUCAUCUGGGGGGAGGAGGAUAAAAACUUGGACAAGAAGAAAGGCAAAGAAGAGGAACAGGAAGACAAGGGUGUAGAGAAAAAGGAUGAAAAGGAUAAUGGAGAAAAAUCUGCCUUAAAUAAACCAUGCAGUGGGACUGAAGUAGGGCAAUUUAAGAAUACAAAGCAGGGCCAUCUUACCAAUUCCUUGGAGGCAUCAGGGAAUUUCAGUGAUGACAGUUCCUUCAUUGAGGUCUCUUAUGAUGCCAUGGGGGAGAUCAAGGACUGUAGCCGCUAUAUGGCUCGGGACACUAAUUCUGGCAGCUCCUCCUCCCAGCAGAACUAUGGGCUUCGAGCCAAGAGAAAAGUCAGGUACAGUGAAGAUUAUCUAUAUGAUGUUGACUCACUAGAGGGUGAAAAAGUAAAUGAGAGGAAGGAAUGGCUGCCAGGUGGUUCCAAAGAGGAAGAUGAUGAUGAAUGGUGUCCCAAAAAGAGAAGAAAAGUAACUCGUAAGGAGCCUCCUGUUAUUAUCAAAUAUAUCAUCAUCAAUCGCUUUAAAGGUGAGAAGAACAUGCUGGUGAAGUUGGGUAGGGUAGAUUCCAGUGAGACAACAGUGAAUUUAAGUGAGAAUCAGCUCAACAAAUAUGCCAAGCUGGCCCCCUUGAAGGGUUUCUGGCAGAAGAAGAAAAAACAGAGAAACAGCAACACUGACUCCAACAAGAUACCCUUAUGCCAAAAACAAAACUUUGAACCAGGUAGCUUUGAGGUGCCAUUCCUGCCACCUGCUCGCAAACGAAAAUCUAAACUUGGCAAUAGGCACAGGAUUCAAAGAAUCCCAUCUGUGGAAACUUCUUCAAGUGGUAAGCAGAUUUCAUUCUGCAGUGAUCAGAGGCAAGGUAGUACUCGUAAAGAAGAUGGAGGCCUGAAAGGUACACUGAAGUCAACACCUCCGGCUGUCCCCGGCUGUGCAAAUGGAUCACAUUUAAAUGACGUCACAGGCCCUGACUCAGUGAAAGUCAAAGUGCAAGAUGCAGGAUUUAAGGGGCCAGAGAGGAAAGUGCUCAACAAAAUCAAAUUUAAAAGUGAAGCCAGGUUAAAAUCCAAGAAAAUCAAAGCUGGGCAAGAAAACAAACCAAUUGUUCAAAUGAGCCCUCUUUUGGAAGAUCAAUCCUCUAUGGCUAAUUUAAAGAAUGAAGCUAUUCCUGGGACCUCAAACAGUUCUCAUCUAUCUGAAUUUCAUGAGGCAAAGGUUGCUAAGAAUUCUACUUUCUUACCAACCACCUGCUCUUCUGAAAUGCCUCUAUCAUCUGCUAAUGUUGCCACCAAUAUACCUGUUAUCCCUGGAGGGUAUCUGCAGACAUUGUUAGAUGCUUCUGAUUUGUCAAAUAAUACUGGUAUAUCAUACUUCGCUCACCAUUCUCCAGAGCAAAAUGAAGGCAGCCUCACUCAAACAGAAAAAUCUUUUGUGCCUCUCCAGCCUGCCCAGGGCUGUGUGCUUUCCUCACCCUCUGAGUCUGAGGUGCAGCAGUCAUCCCAAAACUUCAAAAUAGAAUCAAGCAACUAUGGAAAUGUGUGGCCCAACAAGCCUACUUCUGGUCCCCAGGAAUUCAUGGCUGAAGUCUCAAGGGAGAUAGCUCCAACCCAAUCUAACGAAUUUGGAGUCUCCCAAGUAGUCCCCAUGGAAAAUAACCUCACAGCUACAACAUACAAUCGAAUCUGCCUCAAUAGUGGUGGCAGUAAUUGCAACAAGGUCCUAUAUGCCUCUGUGCAAGACACCCAACUCCCAUCUGAUGACUCUUAUCAAUUAUGUCACUUUAAUAAUGGAGAGAUAUGCUUUCCUUUCCAGCAGGGCCCAGCCAAUAUGGAUGAUGAUCAGCUCUUUAGCUUUGAUUCAAUGGCCCCACUCUCUAUCAACUCAAGCCAUUAUUGCUCCUUAAGCUUGAAAUCCUGUGAAAAAGAUGGUGAUGAUGAUAUUACUGAUGACUUCCUGGCCCAUUGCAGCCCCAAGCUGGUGAUCCAGCAGAGCAUUGAUGAGAUAACACCAUUAAAGGAGUCCACUGACCUCCUGGAUAUCUCCAACUUCACUCCUGACAAAUUCCGCCACUCAUCUCUCUCAGAGAUGUCCCCACCUGACACCCCCAGUCUUUCCCCUCAAAUCACCAGAUGUGAGAGUAUCAAGACAUUAGGAACACUGAAGGGGUUCCAAGAGGGUGUCCCAGGACCAUUAGGCAAUAUGGAGAAAAUCAAGUGGGACUGCAGUACCCUUUCACGGCAGGUCCAAGUGGAUGAUGGAUUUACUUUAAAUAAUCAUCAGUUUCAGUUCCAUAUGUUCAAUGAUGAGGAUUCUGUCAGCCUGCUCCAAAAAACUCCUUGCCUAUCAGCAUUUAAUGAUCCAUCUGGCCAAAUGAGUACUAACAACAAAGUGUCAAAAUCAAGAAAGAAAAGUUCACCCAACAAGAGUGGGGCUAUGAACCAAAGCUCUUCUCAGAAAAACACCAGGAAAAAAUCUGUCAAAGCCAACAACAAAGGGAUUGAAAAGCCACCUGGCAAAACCUCCCGCCAGGCCCCUAAGUCAACAAAGAAAGGGAAAUAUAUGGCUGCAAUCAAUGGAGAGAAAAUGCAAAUUGGCAUUGGCCGUGGGGGAGGCCAAAUCAACAGCAUAUCCUCUACAGGGAAGUCAUUGGCUGAAUGUAUCCAACAUGGUAGCCCUGUGACCUCCAUGAAGAUGCCAAAUCAAAAGGGACUUUCUGGAGAUUGGACUUUGGGGAAGGAAAGUAGCCCAGCCUGGAGCGACCUGAACACAGGCACCAACACCAAUAACCUCCUUGAUGAUGACCAACGGGAAUUUCAGGAGCCUUCCUAUAUCUUAUCCAACAUUGCCUCUGGUAUGGCAGAUGUGCAGAGAUUCAUGAUGGCCUCCAUAGAGCCCCUUUGGGAACCCAUGGAGCACCAUGGGGACCCCAACAUAUUCUACUCCCCAGAGUCUAAUAGCCUAAAAUUAAAAACCCUCAAAAUAUUGGCUGGGACACCACAGGAAUCUAAGAAAAAGGUCAACAGUGGGUCCCCAGGAGCCACUAAGAAUCACAGGUCCAUCAAGGGUGUGAGUAAAAGCAAUGGGAAAGCAGUGAUAGGUGAUCCUGGUCGUGCAAACAUGCAUGGUUAUGAGGACUCUCGCUCUGCCUUCUUUGAUAAAAAGUAUAAUAACCUGAGCACUUUAGGCAAUAAUGGACCAACACACAAAAAGUUAUAUCGUCACAAAUCCAGCUCCAAGGCCCUGAGAGAUGAAAAAUGUAAGGGAAAGUGCGUGGAGCGAGAACAGGUCCACAAGGAUGAGGCUGGGACAGCUUCUUUUGAAAAACUGAGGGAUUCCAACUACAAUCUCGUAAAAGCAGAAACAGCAUUUUGGGUUUUACCUGUGUUUGAAGAAGAAACUCACAUUUUCCAGAAAGACAUUUGAUGUUUGUGUUUUAUUUCUUUCAAAAUAUGCCUUGUGGUAUGUAAGUUGACAUGUAAGUGCUUAAAGAAAAGAAUUUUGAAGUGUGGGAAUAAGUCUUUGGAAGCAAAUUUUAAUCUGAUGUUCUAUGUAAAAGACUUCAAAAGUCAUACAGUUGCACAAGUAGUUUAUGCACUAUUUACCCAAGGAAAAAAAGGAAAACAUUGUGCCAAACUACAAACAAGUGACUGUAUUGUAUAUAUUUUACUUCUAUAUCAACAUUUGGUUGUGAGUAUUUGGGGAGCUUGUCCCUGUUGAUUUACUAGAAACAUUCCAGUGAUUCUUGCUAUUAACCACCCCCACUUAUGUGGAUAGCACCUAUAGAUCACAGUGGAAAAAUAUGUUGUGUUACACAAUUUACCAAAACUUAAAGGAUACUGUUUGAAAUGUGCCAAAUUUCCUUACCUCAUCUCACAGAUUCACCCCACAGUUUAAAGCUCAUUAAUGGAUUUUUUUAAAAAAUAUAUAUAUAUAUGCAUACAUACAUUAUUUUGAAAUUUUAAACUCUACUGUCCUGUGUGGAAACAUAAGCAAAUAAGGCACAAUAAAGUUUUGUUUGUCCCAUUGUCUAAAAGUUCAAUUGUUGAAAAAGUCUGGAAGUCACAACAGCUAAGUCCAUCAGGGACCUAAUAUAUGCAUUUACAGAACCUUUUACAAGGAAACAAAACAGCUGCUUUAAGUUUGUUUUCUAAAAGCAAAAUCUGUAGCUGAAAAUUAUUUAAAGUGCAAAGUUAUAUUGCUGAUACUUUAUAUCUCAGUUUUAUAUAUUUUAUAAUAGUCUGGGAUAAAUUAUAAA